UAUCGCACUCUCGGGCUGAAACCCAAGUGCACUGCAGAAGACAUCAAGAAAGCCUACCGUGAGAAAGCUAGAGUUCUUCAUCCUGAUUUCGGUGGCGAUCCGUCUGCUUGGCAGAAGCUGCUCAAGUCAUAUGAGAUUUUGUCGGAGCCGGAAAGCAGGAAAAUGUACGACGAGCAUGGA